UUUUAUAUCAUGAAGACAAUGGCAACUCACAAGGACUCACUAAUGGCUUACACUGGACAGAUAAUCCCUGUACAAGUCAGUAGGCUAGAGAAAGAGAAAAGACAAGCUAACUACAGGGAAGCACAAUGGUGUGGUGAUGAUGAGCACAACCAGUUUGAGGUAACAAAGUAGUAACAUAGAGUGAGAGUCAAUACACGAGAGAGGACAUGCUCAUGCAGAAAAUGGCAGCUGACUGGACUACCAUGUUGUCAUGGUAUUGCAGUAAUCUAGAGAAAGAAUGAGAAGCCUGAAAACUAUGUCCAUCACAAGCUCACCAUCGAGGCAUAUAAUAGGACUUACCAAUUUCACAUUAGCAGCAUACCGAGUCAAGAGUACUGGGAACAUCACGAAGGGUUGCCAUGUCUGCCCCCUCCAUACAAGAGGCCUAUUGACAGACCUACAAGAAGAGGAGAAAGGAUAACACUGAGCAAAGCUCUGGAAGCCAAUACAAGGCCAAGAGAAGAUACGGACAGAUAACAUGCCAAAUCUGCAAGAGGGCUGGACAUAAUAGCAGAACUUGUCUUGAGAAAGGAACUGGAAGAGGAGCUGAAGAACCAGAUCUUGAUGAGGAAGAAGCUAGGGAGCAAGAAGCUAACUGGGAGGAGACCAUGGAAGCUGCACACGCUGCACGUUGCAGAUGAGGAAGACCUCACUCAAAAUCAUCCACAAAGUCAGCCUGAUGAGAAUAACUUGGUUAGUCCAACACAUGCUGGGAACACUACAGCAAAUGCUGCACCCCCUAAUAUAGCCACUAUACCAGCAGCAACCAACUUGGCCCCUCCAACAGCUACUUCAGAACCAGCACCAACACCAAAGAGGAGGGGCAAACCAUCUUUUGUAAGGGGCAACCCAGUUCCACCAAGAGAAAGGGGCAGCACCACUCCAAGACAAAAUGCAGCAGCUGCACCAUCACCCCUUGCUCAACCUAGGGUUGUCAGGCCUGAUCUUGGGUCUAGCUCCCAAAUUUCUGCAUCUCCAUCCAAUGCUGCAGUCCUAUGUAGUGGGUCUGGGUCAAUGCCACAAGGUCCAUUAGUUAGGCCCAAUCUUCAGGCCCAAUGUACAACAUUAUUUAGGCCACCAACUGUGACUAGGGAGACCAUGGCAACAGCAAGCCUAGCCACACAGAGCAGGUUCACUGGCUUCAUGCCCACCCCAUCCUUGAAGAAGAAAAAGCCAUCCGGACCACCACCAUCAAAGCCAUCAACAAAUGACAAGAACUGAAUUGAUUUUGAUCUUGGGUUUUUUAGUUUGUUGUUAGCUCCUGUUUGGACAUGAUUUAGUUAACAUAAACCCAAGUGCCAUUAUGGCAUGUAAGUGCAAACCAAAUCUUUUUGUGUUUUGUUAAUGUCAUUUUGGGUCUGUUGCAGCUACUAUGAACAUAAGUGUCUUUUCGCUAGUCUUAUUUUGGGGU